AUGUCUGGAAAACCUCCACUAUCUAUUUGGUCAAUCAAGCCCAAAAAGAAGAAGAAGCUGGGUAGCCCUAUUAGCUCUGCUGAUACCGCAAGCAACAACUCCAACGUUAACCCCAGGAAGAGAGGUUACGAUGCUUUAAUCAAAAAGCUUGAGGAUAUGUUUGGCGUUGGGAUUACGGCCCAAUCAAACCGAGAUGAAGCCCAGAAACAACUGGAGAAGCGGGAUAAAAGAGCUCGUUCAAGGGCCGUCAAAAUCGAAGAUGAUGCAAAUUCUGAUCAGUCAAAGAAAAGGACGAGAAUUCGGCCGGCCCCAACCUUGAAGUCAACCUUAACUAGGAGUGAGGGUAUUGCACUUGGCAGCAGUGCGGAGAAGAUACGCGCCUCGAUGAGGAGGUUUUCGGAAAAUACCCAGAUCGAGGUGGAUGUUACAAAUUUAAGGGAUUGUGUCCAAAGAUUGCCGUACAUCCCAGCAGAUUCAAUAAUGGUCCGGUCACAACGCACUUUGGAUGCUUUGACAGAGUUGGUACGAGCUGGUAACGCACUGAGGAUUCCUCAGGAUAUUAUUCUUGAAGCCCAGAGCCUUCGUGCCAGAUGGCUGCGUUCCGAUUUCGACAAAGCCUUGAUGCGAGGUAUCGCAUCAUCCUCGACAAUCAAUCGCGAUGUGGUCCGUGGAAAGAUAAAGCGCACCGGCGGUUGGCGGUUGGAGGAAAACUACCGCCACCGAAUUAAUGCUCUCGUUAUCGGUCAUAAUGGGCUUACAAUUGGCGAUUGGUGGCCCUUGCAGAUAUGUGCUAUGCGAGAUGGCGCUCACGGAGAGAUGGAAGCUGGUAUCUCUGGCAACAAGGAAUAUGGCUGCAUAAGCGUUGUUAUGUCGCACGGCUACAGCAAGGACGAAGACCAUGGCAACAGGGUGUUGUACUGUGGCACAGUCGGUGUUCCUGUCAAGGGAACAGGCACCUGUGUUCCCUCGGGGGGCACGAAGUUGCUACAAAUGUCUUUGAACAACGGAAAUCCCGUACGCCUUCUGCGCUCGACCAAAAGCAAAAAGCACUCUGCCUAUGCGCCGAGCGCCGGUAUCCGUUACGACGGGCUCUACGUAGUCACCGCUUACGAAAUCCUCGACGAGGCCACCCAGAUGUAUCGUUUCACUAUGGACAGACAACCCAACCAACCAGCGAUUAGGUACGAAGGUCCUGGCGUUAAGCCUAACGUCUACGAUUUGAAGGAAUGGAACAAAAUCAAGGACAUGAUGAAGGGAGAGAGGUAA